ACCAGUGCGUACUUUCUUACCAAUCAGGGAACACAGUGGGCAGGAACCAACAGCUGAAGGUAGCCCACUAGCAAACAUGCAGCGCCAGACUCAGAAGUUGAUCGCAACGCGAGCGUGUUCAUUUACUGGAAAGCGUUAACACUACAGCAGGAGACCAUGUCUGACAGAAAAGCAGUCAUUAAGAAUGCCGACAUGUCAGAAGAGAUGCAGCAAGAUGCUGUAGAGUGCGCCACCCAAGCACUGGAGAAAUACAACAUUGAGAAAGAUAUUGCAGCCUACAUCAAAAAGGAAUUUGACAAAAAAUAUAACCCCACAUGGCAUUGCAUCGUGGGAAGAAAUUUUGGAAGCUAUGUGACUCAUGAAACUAAACACUUCAUUUACUUCUACCUUGGACAAGUGGCCAUCCUGCUAUUUAAGUCUGGAUAGAAAGAGACUGGAGAUGCCCGUUUGUUUCAAUUAUACAACAACUGCUUACCCCACCUAGAUUUACGACUGCAGAAAGGGACAGGCUCAUUUUGACUUUUCUUUUUUUGGGUGUAUAAAGUUUAUUUCUUUCAAGGUUCAGGGACCCAUAUAUUGCUGCUUCCAGUCUUUGUUUAGUACUGUUAGGAGAUGCAGACUUGUUACAUGUAUUUAUUUUCAUGAAUUUUCUAUUAUGCAAAGCAGAUCAAAUGAGAUGACACUUUAAUAAAACCAUUUUUUAUUUAAAAAAAAA